AGUUGGCCUAGACCCCAGUCACAGUGGCCCAGAAAGAGAAAUACCGUGUUCAUCGCUGAAAUGGAACCUUUUUACAAUAUACACGCACAAUCGCACACAUAAACAGAGUGUACUAUCACACGUUUAGUAGACUCAAGUAGAGUUAAGGGAAACUGAUAAUAGCAAUGGCAAGCGACUAUCGGCGUCUAUAUCAAUAGCUUGGUAUCUGAUCAACCAUUGAACCACAUACAAUGCGCACUGUUAUCAUCGUCACGAGUUAGUAACCAUUUUGGUUACACUCUCUCCCGCGAAGUCGAUAUUGUCUCGAUUAAAAAACCAAUUAGUUAAUAGUGUAUCAGAUGAUAAUCAUCAACGUUUUAUGAAAUGGCUAGCAGUUCUGAAUUUCCUGUGCAAUUUUUCUGUACACGGACUACUGUACUGGCUCAUCACGCAUUGGCUAAAGACACAACCUCCGUGGCUCUAUGAUAUGCCCUGGGGUAAUAAUUCGACUAUGGUUGUCGUCACCUCGAUUACUUUUGGUUUCAAUUUCUUCUCCUCGUGGGUCGCUUCGGUGUCCUUCUGUGGAGACGCGAACAUCCUCCGGUGAAAGCUCGCGGACUCCUGUUCAUCUCGGGGAGUUGCUUUUGUGCCGGAUUGACUUUCAUUUUCCAGUACCUGAUGGUGGUGAGAUAUUUAUUGCUGGUUCUCUGGAGUGCAGAGAAAUACAACCUGUCACUGUCCUUCCUUAUGGCGGAAUAUCUUUCGGUAACUGGCUUGCUGGCCUGGAUAGUUGCAAGAGAGCGUUUUUUGUACGUAUUUGUUAAGCAUCCUUUUCGUCAGGAUGUCCCUCUGUACGAAUAUCACUUAAGGGUGGUAGCAGGAACGCUUGUGGUGGCCGUGUAUUCUUUCCUUCCCUACCUGAUAACCUCAUUGAAUCAGGUCCCAAAUGUGAUAUAUUAUGCAUUGAUUACGAUCAUCCCAUGGCAGAUUUCAAUCGCGAUGUUAGCCUAUUACGUCUACCAGACCCGAACAAAAGUCCAGUCAAAGUUUUCUGAUCAUCGAUCUAAUGUCCGGAUAGGAUUUUUUCUGGUACUAUUUUCAAACCUGAUAGUACUCCGAGCGUGCUUCUUUGAGACGCACGAUGGGCCAUAUAAUGGACUGCUGCCGCAUCGAUUUGAACUUUUCUUCUUCUAUUUUGCCAGUAUGUUCAAAACAUCAUAUACGAUUACAGAACUGUUCCUGGAUACUGUACUGAUUUCCGGCUUUGACAUCGACGUCGGGAGUCAUGAAAAAACAACACGGACUGGGAACAAACUAGGCUACGGCAUCGCGUCAAAUGAGUUGUCAAAAGGUGAGACCCUCAGUCAAUGUAGGGAACCUUGACGUACUCAAACCCAUAGCCGAGAUAGAUACAAACAGUUCGCAAGGUUCAACGAACAGCACGAAUGUGGAGUCCAAUGUUUGAUACGUGCUUUGGUUUUCUUAAUCGCAAAAUUACGUGAAACGACCUCUGAAUUAUGCUUAACUCCGGUGCUGAAGUGAUAUUCGUGGGAGUCAGAGCCAUUCUCACUUAUCCCUCCUUGAGCAAGCAAAUGGGAUAAUGAGCGAGCAAAUGGGAUAUCAGAAAGCGAGAAUUGAAAGCAAAGUGCAACCUGCAUGUUAUGCUGCUUACUUGUUUUUAUCCGGAGAAUCUGCACACUUGGACGGAUAGGAGCGUACCAGUAUCAAGAUUCAUGGUUUAAUGACGAGUCUGAACCGAAGAUCUCAACUCAAACCCGUGACCAAACCGCUGGCUAAAGAUCUAAACUCUUAUUCUUCGGUGGCCACCAUGAGUGGCGAGGGAGAUUCAUUUCGGAAUGACAUGUACCAUUGAGUCCAUUAAUAAUGAUAAUAGACAACUAUUACAUCCAUGUACUUAUCACCCUUAGAGUCACAGGAUCUUGAAUACUGGUACUAGGCAACCAUGACACAGAUGUACUUAUCACACCUUAGUCAUAGGGACCCUAUUAAACCCAUAUACAUAUC